UUUGCAUGUAAACACCACACUUUCAGCUCCACCAUACAUUUCACAGAUUAUUCGACAGACAACUACUUAUCUUUCCAACUAUCAGAUAAAAAAUGUAGUGAUUGUUUGUGUUAAGUCGGAGACUUAAAACUUUUCCAUUAAGAGCACGACGGGCAAGAUUUAGGGUGAUUUUGUUGAGAGUGUUUUUGGUGCUGAACCAGGCAUGGGUGAGAACCAAGGGGUGGUGAGUGAUGGUGAACUUCGUCAGUUAUUGUACAUCUUUUGCAAAGAGGGCUACAAAGCCAGAGAAACGACAAGCAAGGUGGAAUUGAUCGAAAGGAAGUGCUUGGCUUUGUUUGGCAGAGACUACAAGUAUUCAGUCAUCUACAAUUCUAAUGGUGAGUUAUGUGGCCACUAUCCAGAGAAACUCAUCAUUCUUGAAUACAUGCUGGCUGGUAAUGGACAGGACUUCCAAGAGAAAAGCAGAGAAAGCUUAUAUGACAUACAGAAGAUCAGGGAUUUGAUGUGCAAGUCAAGGUUUGCUCGCUGCAGACAACGUUUUGUUGUGCCAAUUAUUCUCUACGAAGGAAAGCACAUCUGUAGGUCGGCAACACUGUCAGGAGGACCAGAAAUAUACGGACGAUCGGGAUUGGAUUAUUUCUUCUCAGGUGGUGAGAGUUUAGGAUCUCAAGCAGCAAACAGUGAAGAGGCGUUUUCAAGACCAGAUGCUACAAGUACCAGCAAUGAGUGGCCGUUAUUUGAUCGUUACCGGGGCCAGGACAUCCAACUGCUCAAGUUACUCUCUGUUGGCUGUAUCUCAGAUCUUAUGGUUGAGAACAAGAAAGUCAAAUUCGGAAUGAAUGUUUCGUCGUCAGAGAAGGUAGACAAAGAGCACCGGUAUGCAGAUUUCAGGCUUGUGUCAGUGCCCUACCCUGGGUGUGAAUUCUUCCGUGAUUACAGGGAAAAUGGCUUCAAUGCAGAGGGACUCUACUAUGACUGGAGUCAGGAUUUUGUUGACGCCGGCCUUAGCAUUCCAGAUUCAGUAACAAGGAUGGUUGGCAUUGACUGGCGGAGUUAUAGGUCAUGGGACUUGGUGACGAUCACACAGAACUAUCUGAAAUUAUUUCUACAUGAAAUCAAAGAAGGGGAUUCAGGUCUGCUAAUUCAUUGUAUCUCUGGUUGGGACCGAACACCACUCUUUGUAUCUCUACUCAGGUUGUCAUUGUGGGCAGACGGGAAGGCCCAUAAGAAUCUUAGUGCAGCUGAAAUCCUGUAUUUGACGAUAGCGUACGACUGGAUGCUAUUUGGGCAUCAUCUGUCAUACAGGUUAGGAAAAGGUGAAGAUAUUUUCUUCUUUUGUUUCAACUUUCUAAAGCAUAUAACAUCGGAUGAAUUCUCAGCUGUCAAAAGAAACCAAAGAUCUGGGAGCAGAACGGACUCAGAGAGUUGUUCAGAAUCGAUGGUGUUACUAGAUACUGAGAAGCAGCGUCUUGGUAGUAAUUCAAGUCUGAAUAGUAACAUCAGCAUAACAAGUCUUAGCAGUACUAGCUCACCCAUCCUCAUCUGCACGGGAGAUAUCCACGAAGAGACCACCAGGAAUGGUGAAGUGGCUGGCAAUGGCUCGCUGAGAUGCUACGGGUCUUCUGCUGUGGACAGCGGCAAACCUAGAACACCGACCCAUAGAGAGACAUCUAGAUCACCCACAUUGCAAUCACCGACCAGUCCAAUGGCUGUACCUAGACCAAGCAGGAGAUCAUCCGUUGAAGCAGCCAAGUCAGCAGCGUCAUCCACAUGUGGCAGUUGGCAGCUUGUAUCUGGUGCUGGUAGCGUCAAAGGUUUUGUAUCAUCCAGAGACUCACCUUUAACAGUUCAUUCAGACGUAUCAAGUAGUUCAAGCGGGACAGCAAGCUGCGGUCCGGUGUUUGACAGUAUAUACGAAGAGUCCCAAAGGAAACGGAAGCUGGAUGAGGUUCGGAUCAUGUUUAACAAAGUGUACUGUGCUGUGGUGGGGUCACGCUACACCGUGGAGUCCGGAGGAAUAUCCAGUAUGAUUGACUCCAUCGCAUCCAAAGUUGGACUCAAAUCCACGCGGGGCACAAUGAUAUAGUCAUUUAUAGUAUUCGUCAAACUGACAUCCUCAGUCUCUCUCUGAAGUCCAUUAGGGCAUCCGCCGUCCCUGUGGUGGUGCGAGAAACAAACUCCCUCCAAGCCUCCCUGUCCAGAGCUGUUGUCGUUAGCUGGUGUAUGCUACUUCUUUUAAGUGCACGAGUGAUGUCAGUCCACUUGUCGGGCCUUUUUCUUUCAGCGCGACCAGCAACGGGGACGAGCACAUGUAGCAGUUUGGAGUCAAAGACCAUGGGGCAAUGUGGAUGCUUUACCAUCUGUCUGGUAUGAGAAGCUGCAGUCAAUGGAGCCGAUGUAACUACACCGGCCUUCUAGGGGCAAGCCGUUCUUCCGGAAAUUUCUUUGAAAAUUUGGAAUGAGCAAAGAAAAAUUGUCAAGCGCAGGACUUGAGUCGGUGUCCUCCGGAUUAACAUGCCGGCGGUCUACCAACUGAGCUAUCUAGCCCUAAGGUUGGCAGCCCCCCUAUUUUGUAAAAAGUAACGGGAGUGGCAAUUUUGAAAAUGUAAGAACAAUAUACCUAAGGGCAUCAUGGCAGUUGUAGAACCCGCCCAUGUUGCUCACCCAUUUGUUUAUGGGGGCGGGGUAGCACCAGCCAAACGAAUACAAAGACUUUGGCUGAUUGCUUGUUUUAAUAUUGUUCCAAUGCCCUUUCUAUACUUUCCAUGGCCCAAUUUCAUAGAGCUGCUAAAGCACAACAAGUAGCCAAGCGUAACAAAAUUAUGCUUUACCAGAA